AUGUACAGGAUGACAAAUCACAGAGCAUGCAGGAGGCUAAAUUUUCUCUUAUGUGUGUUAAUAACACUUCAAACAGAUGCAUUAUAUGUGGGGAUUACAUAUGUCGAAGACGCCGUUAAAAAGGGAGCAGUUUGCUUGGACGGGAGCCCACCAGCUUAUCAUUUUGAUAAGGGCUUCGGCUCGGGGAUAAAUAGUUGGUUAGUUCACUUAGAGGGAGGAGGCUGGUGCCACAAUGUUACAAAUUGUAUCCGUCGUAGUACCACCAAAUUGGGUUCAUCUAAGAAAAUGCAAAAACAAAUCCCAUUUUCAGCAAUUCUUAACAACAAUGAAAAAUUUAAUCCUGAUUUCUAUAACUGGAAUAGAGUUAAGAUUCGUUAUUGUGAUGGAUCGUCAUUUACCGGAGACGUAGAAAGAGUAGAUCCUAAUACCAAUCUUCACUAUCGAGGAGCGAGGGUCUGGUUUGCCGUCAUGGAAGAUCUAUUAAAAAAAGGAAUGAAGAAUGCAGAAAGUGCACUUUUAUCGGGUUGUUCAGCUGGUGGGUUGGCUGCUAUACUUCAUUGCGAUAAUUUUCAUGCCCUCCUACCAAUAGGUGCCAAAGUAAAAUGCCUUUCAGAUGCGGGUUAUUUUGUCAAUGUGAAAGAUAUCUCAGGGAAAGAAUACAUACAAACCUAUUUUAAUGAAAUUGUGACUUUACAUGAAUCAACAAAGAAUUUACCAUCUUCUUGCACAUCAAAAAUAAAGCCUAAUAUGUGUUUCUUUCCACAGUACAUAGUGCAACAAAUCCGCACACCGAUUUUUAUUUUAAAUGCAGCAUAUGAUUCAUGGCAGAUAAAGAAUGUCUUAGUACCUGCUGAUGUUGAUCCUACUAACGCAUGGUAUAAUUGUAAGAUCGAUAUAAAAUCAUGCUCUUCUACUCAACUUACAAAAAUACAAGUUUUUAGGACGGAGUUUCUAACUGCAAUGGUAGGACUGAGAACCUCUUUAGCAAAUGGCAUGUUUAUAAAUUCAUGUUACGCUCACUGCCAAAGCGAGGCACAGAAGGCAUGGUUCGGUGCUACUUCUCGAGUACUUGCAAAUACAACAAUUGCAAAGGCAGUUGGAAACUGGUUUUAUGAUUUGUCUCCAUUCCAGAAGAUCGACUGCCCUUAUCCAUGCGACUCAUCAUGUUGAAGUGUCGUCUCCAAAAUGCAAAAGUUUUAGAAGAGUAGAAGACUUUUCCCAACAACUAUUUCAUUUUAUGCAUCAUGUUUAUCAAAAGAAAAGCAAGGUCUAUGAAAAAGAAUA